AUGAAAGAGGCAAGAAGGUGCCUGUGGCUAAAGUUGGCACGAGAGUUGGAAAAAAUGAAAAGGCUGAAGCUCGAAGAGCUGUGGCUAGAAGGAAACCCAUUGUACAACACAUUUUCAGAAGAGUCCUGCUAUGUUAACGUCAUCAGAGAUUCUUUUCCCCAACUUGAUGGUCAGGAUUUACCAUUACCAAUUUCUCUUCAAAUGGAAGCCUCUAAGAUAAUGAAAUCCUGCAAUGAAAGUUAUAAAGGAUCUGAGGCUUUGAAGAAUCUUAUCUUGCAAUUCCUGCGAGAGUAUUACUGGAUCUAUGACUAUGGGGACCGGAAUGGGCUCCUGGUUGCUUACCAUGAUGAGGCCUGCUUCUCCCUGACCAUUCCCUUCAACUCUGAGGACCUGUGUGAUGUUGUUAACUUCCUUAGCGUGUUGCAAACCCAGCAUGACUUCAACUCCUUCCUGGUGGACAUGUGCAGCCAGACGGAGAAGAUGCUCUGCUUUUCUGUCAGCGGGCUGUUCAAGGAGGUGGAAGGAAUGUAUCAGGGCCGGAUUUGUGCCUUCACUCGGAUCUUCAUCGUUACUCCUGUUGGCAACUCCAGCAUAUGCAUUGUCAAUGAUCAACUGUCCGUGAGGGAAGGCAGCCCCAAAGAGACCCUGAGUGCCUUCUCCACCCCAAUACCCACAUCAUCCUCCAGCCCUGUGUCCACCCUCUCCCAGGAGCAGCAGGAAAUGGUGCAGGCAUUCUCCACUCAGUCUGGUCUUUGA